AUGAUCGAUGCGCUAAAAGCGCAGCUAAACAAGUCAGUUGCAGCCCCAAAAUCUAAGCGGUCGGCAUCAGAGGCAGUGCAAGCAGUGCAAGCUGUGCAAGCUGUACCAGCCGUGCAAGCCCCUGAGCCGGUUGCGCAACACAAGGCUGCACCAUGCCAGGGCUUACACAGCUCGUUGCUCACUGGGACAGUGCCCCCACCUUUGUCUGAACGCCGCACUGCUCCAAGCAUUCCAAGCAUUCCAAGCAUUCCAAGCAUUCCGAGCAUUCCGGGCAUUCCGGGCAUUCCGGGCAUUCCGGGCAUUGUCAGCCCUCCACAAGUGUCGCCACCUGGUCUGUCUCAAACAACGGUGGGGACACCGAUGACACCACCGCAGCCUUCGGGUUUCCCCUUGGCUUCUACAACUCCGAUGACUCCGAUGACACUGGGGCCACUUGGUCACCCACCGAGCCUUGCAGGAGAACCGCCUGCCAAGCGCUGGAGAUCUGAAGGCGUACCCCUUCCAAUGCGAGCUCCGCAAGCGCAGGACUUCGCAGCUAGAGAGUCGGAGCAAGCUGCAUUGGCUGCUAGGAAAGCGCAAAUGCUGAGGAGCCUGGGCGCCGAUGUUUCCAAUACGCAGACGCCAGUAGAGAACCAGGCAGCAGGACCAUCAGCGCCGCCACCAGUGCCAGAGCCCCCACCAGGGGCAUCGCCUGAAGAAUUUGAAGCUUAUCGCCAGCAAUGUUGGCGUCAAUACUACCAGUGGUGCAAGGUUUGGCAGAAGUACUACGACCAAAGCAAAGGCAAGAACCAAGCACCUGGAGGCAGUGGGGCCAUGGCUGGACACCAGGCCGCGCAUCCAAAAGGCACUGGCAAGGGCAAGUGGUCAGCACCACAAGCACCACAAACCCAGGUUCAACGAAGCUCUCCUGAGGAUGACAUUCAUAGCCAGCUCCUAG